AUGUCGGCCGCCACCCACAUUCUGACGGGCGACAACGCCUCGUCGCAGCGCACUUCAUUCUCGAGCGACCAUUCCGAGAUCCCAUCCUAUCCACGCUCCCACAAACACGCUUCGCCUUCCGACGAUCCCAUCCCACUGCCCGAUCCCCGGCUCGACGCUCCUCAACCCACCGCCAUCCCAUCAGCUCCUCGCGACCGUGACGCCCCGCCUCCCUUGCGUGGCGACCUUCCGGCAACCAGGCCAGACGCACGUCAUCUUCAACCAAGACCCGACACCGCGAGCACCACCGCAUCCUUCGCCUCGGCCAGUGCGGACAUCCCCGGUCGACCCUCGAUCGCAAGCGUCAACAGCUCCCGCCACACCUCGCCCCGAAAGCCGCACGCACGCAUCGGCCGCAGCUUCGAAGCGCUCCUCGCUUCCGACGAGACGUACGUCUUUAAAGAGACCGCAAAGGUCGCCCUGGGUCCCGAGGAUAGUCCGCGCGCAAGCUCCAGCCGCAUUCCAUCCUCGAAUUCACUCGACGCUUCGUCGGGCUCCAAGCGCGUCAUCGUCGAGCGCAGGAGGGAGAGCUUCUCGUCAUCUCUGCUCAGCACCGAUCUCGACGACGUGCACGAGGAGAUGACCGACGUCACACCUCGGCCACCUGAUGCCGACGUCUUUGGUUCUCCCCAGCAGCAGCAGCCCAUGCCUUCGACUUCCUCUGCGACUCUCCUGCGCUCUGCGUCCGGCGGUGUCAGGGUCGACCAAGCCCGUGUGCCCGCCUCGCCCGACCGCACCACCUCUCUUGGGCGACGCGCUACCGCCAGCCCCUCUCAGCCCGCCAAAUCCCGCACGUCCACCGCCAUGGCGACUCAGCACAAUUUCAUGCUUCCUCCCGCCGCCCCUGCGUCGCCCAAUGCGACCAUGCGCGCGCGCUCCCGAGCUUCAAGCAGCCUUGGGCUGGAGCAGGAGAUCCACGCAGCAACGACCGACGCCGAUGCCGAACGAGCCUCGUCCAUGGGCUCGUUCCGACAACGCAUGAAAAAGACGAGCGGCUUCCUGCGCAAGCUGCGCAAGGACGGCAGCCAGCCUCGCCGCGACCGGGACGCUCCACAGCCCAACGGCGCCGGCUCUUCAAGCGGCGCCUACUCGACCGGCUCCAAUCCGUCAGCCACUUCGCUCGGUCGCCGCGAGAGCAAAGCCAGUGUGCACAGUCAAGGCGGCUCCUCGACUGCCGGCAGCACAUCGCAUUCCACCAGCCACAAGCACACCACCCACUUUGCUUCCACAGAUGGCGUCGCCGUGCCCGACAUCCCAGAACGCUUCAUUCAGUCCUCGGCCAGCUCCAACUCGCACAUGUCGACGAUUCCUAGCCACGCCACAAUGUCGGCGCAGGAUCACGGUCGUACGUUGGCCGCCGACGCCCAGGAGCUCGCAUCGCCGAGCAAGUCCGGUUUGCGUGUACCGUCGGCACCGGCGACCAUGACCGAGUGGUCACCGACCUCCAAGGUCGCGCUCCCGCAGCGCUCCAGCUCGCAGGGCCACGAGCGCAACAAGUCGCUGGCAUCCAGCGACUCCACUGGCGCAAUCCGCUUGGCCGUCCAGCAGCUCGAGUCGCAGAUGGAAGACGCUCUCAAGGAGGCGCCGCAGCAAGUCCCGCACGCAGCGAACAAGCAGCCGCAAACACAAUCAAAGAAGCAAUGGGGCCCAUCGCCCCAGCUUCCCGACCUCGACAUCCAGCGAUACAAGCAAAGAUCGGGCAGCUUCCUCGAGGAGGACGAUCUCGUCUCCGUGGAUACCAAUGCAUCCGCGGCGGUGGCAUCAGCGAAUCACUCGACCUCCAGUCACAAGACUUCCACCCCCACCGAUGCUCGCUCUCCUGCAGCUCGCAACGGAGGUCUGCCAGUUACCACGACCGGCCUCGGCAUCUCCGCAGGAGCAUCCACCGAAGAGGCGGUCGUUUCAUCGGCACCCGUGCAGAAUACCAACGGCGUCUCUGUCGAAUCGAAAGCAUCGAGCAAACAGCCCAUCGAGAACGAGACAACCAAACGUGCGGACAGGCCCAAGCCUCUUCCGCCGGUGGCAUCACCGCGAGUCGUCGAUGCUCCGAGCCCUACCAACGGCGCCGACUCUCCACGCGAGCCUACCCACUCGGCCCGCAGCAGCGUGCGCAACUCGAUCGACCCCAACGCCGAAGCGCAAUUGCGUCGUCGCACCAUGGAUUCGGGUGCCAGCCUCGUGAGCGCCCGCUCCUUCGAGACAGCGGCCGAGACUUCGGCUCUGGACAGUGCAGACACCAAGGUGACGUCUCUCAGCCAAGCAUCGCAUGAACAGCAAGCUUCGGGCGAGAGUGCCCGCGUCAACGACACUCCAACCCAGCAGCCACUUGCAUCAGCGACAGCGGGCUCGCUAGACGGCACCCAGCCGAAACAGAGUCACCUCGAUCAUUCUUCACGAGAGAUUAGCAACGGCAGCGACUUGGAGGACGAUGAUGCCAACGAGCUGAGUAUCCGUCUGGUGACCAAGCGGUCCGAUCUCAGCAAUGUCGAUCUCCCGAGUCCACAAGAGAUGGGUCAUACCGCGAUCAUCACAGCACCCGCUUCGCCCGAAUUGGACGCUUCCGCGCUGCCCAAGGUCGUCGAGCUCUCCCAGACCUCUUUCCUAAGACCGGGGCGCAACGGUAGCAUGAGCCGCGGGCACUCGGCGUCCUCAGGAUCCGUUCGAGCCGGCCCAGGGCUGCUCUCCACUCCAUCGAUGCGACGCAGCGCCUCGCCUUCCUCGUCGCCCACGUCUGCGAGGACGAGCUUCGACGCACCGUCUUCGCGUAUGGCCAAGGACGAGAUGGCCGCGCCCCCAUCCGUGGCUGCAUCUGCGCACGAACUCGCCACUAAGUGCUGGGAGGAGGACGCGAGCUUCCUCAAGCGCGAAAAGAUCGCAGAGUGGCUCGGUGGCUUGGGCUUGAUCAACCGCGCCGCGCGCACUUUCUACUUUGCCAACUUUGACUUUGGCACGCUGCGGCUCGACGUUGCCUUUCGUCGGCUCUGCGACAAGCUCUUCCUGCGGGCCGAGACGCAGCAGAUCGAUCGCAUCCUCGCGGCGUUCUCGCAGCGCUACUUCGAGUGCAACCCGGACUCGAUCUUUGGCAGCUCGGACGUGAUCCAUUCGGUCGUGUUUAGCAUUUUGCUGCUCAACACGGAUCUGCACAUUGCAGAGCUGCAGGAGAGGAUGACGCGACAGCAAUUUGUGCGCAACACGCUCAGUGCGAUUGCAGAGAGCAGCUCGGACGCACCCGUCUCGUCCGGCAUGGACGACAGCAGGAGCAGCUUCAGUACGGCUCACGUCGACAUGACGCGCAGCGCCGACGCUGCCGCACAGUCGACCACGCCGGCUCAGCGCAGGAAUAGCAUCAGCAGCUAUCUCGGUAGCCGCUCCAAGCAGAGCCUGGCUCACCUCGAGGCAUCGUCGGACAGCCAGCCGCAGGAGAGCUCGCGUCCGGGCACUGCCAUGAGCGGUGCCAAAGGAAAGGAGGCAGAAAUCGAGGCCAUGCUGCGCGACAUUUAUGCUGCGGUCAAGUCGGAUCGCAUCCUGCUUCCCAGUCCCGAGGGCGGCUCGGGCACACUGGCCACCGGUCGGACAUCGGGCACCUUCAGCCCCAUGGGCGGUAGCCGCAGAAAGACGGGCAAAGGCAACGACAGGAUGACUGCGCUCAAGCGCGGCUCCAUCCGCGGCAUCCAGGGCUUGCUGGGCGGCAUGAACUCGAACAAUUCGUUCCUGGAUCCCGCUGUGAGCCCGAACCCUUCGCGCUCGUCGGUCGACUCAUGGGGCCGCCCCUCGGCGACGUUUGCCUCGGGCGUGGAUCGCGACCGCCUGCUGUCGCCCGCGCUUAGCGUCACGCCGGGCUUUGCCAGCACGCUCUCGCACACCAUCAUCAAGGAGUCGAUGGAGGAAGAUGCAGCCGGCGGAGCUGCAAACGCCUCGUCGACUGCCGAGAAUGCGAUCGACGAAGAGGACGACGACGACAAGCUCGCGCUCGCCGGUCCGCCAUGGGCCAAGGAAGGCUCGCUCACGCGCAAGCACUACUGGGAGAGCACGGGCAAGCGUGCCAAGGACAAGAACUGGACCGAGCUGUUUGUAGUAGUGUCCAAGGGCACGCUCUCGAUGUUCCGCUUCGACACUGGCGGCUCCUCGGCCUCGGCAAGCACAGCGUCCAAGGCCAAGGGCCGCGCAUCGGUGGCCGCUGCUGUAGGCGGCGACGGUGGUUCAUCGGCGGUGCUGGGUGGCGGCAACUGGCUGUCGAACGCGACGUGUCUGGGCGAGAUCGCGCUGGCGCACUCGCUGGCCAACGCGCUUCCGCCGCCCGGCUACAACCGCGCGCGUCCGCACGUGUUUGCACUCACGCUGCCCGGCGGCAAGGUGUACUUCUUCCAGACGGGUCACGAGGAGCUGGUCAACGAGUGGGUGAGCACGUGCAACUACUGGGCGGCACGCCAGUCCAAGGAGCCGCUCGCGGGUGGCGUGAGCAACAUGGAGUACGGCUGGAACAAGGUGCUUCCGCAGCUGGACGACGACGAGUACGAAGAGCUCGACAACGGUGGUGCCUCGACAUUCGGCAGUCAGAGUCAGCUGGGUGAGGGCGACGCACGCAGUGUUCGAAGCGGCAAGGGUGGGGUGCGCGGCAAGGUUGGGUUGCGCACAUUUGGGUCGUCGUCGGUGUCGCCUUCGCCCGCGACGUCGAUUAGCACCUCGUCCAAUGCUGGAUACCUAUCCAACGAGCGCGUGUUUGUCAACGAAUGGCGGGCGCCUCAAUUGCCGACAGUAGCAUCUACGCUGAGCGAAGAGCGUCAGCUCGCGCGUUUGGAAAAGCAGGUGGAGCGGUUGGAAGCCGAACUGACGCUGCACAAUGAGCUGCGUCAGCCCAUGCUGAGCCUCUACUCGCCCAAGGGCACCAACCACGCCAAGGCGCUCGCCAACUGGGAGCGCAAGAGCAACCAUCUGCUGCAGGAGCUCGUCAAGUACCACAGCUACACCGAGGCGCUGCGCAAGAGCGCCGAUCUCAAGGCAGAGCGCACCGCCCGCCGAGAAGUAGAGGGCAUGAUCCAACAGGGCGACGACGCGCUCGCCGAACUCAGCAUCGCCUAG